UAACUCUCAGUCGUUUACCUCAAAAAUUUAUUUUUUAGAAAUUAUAGAAUCGUGUCUAAACGUUUUCUUAUAAAAGUCAUUUCUUUAUCUUGAAGUGUUCUUUGACUAUUCAUCAGUAGGCAUAAAACAAAGAUCUCUAACCUGUUGACAGUUGAACUUAUCUAGUAAAAUGUUUUCUACUGGAACAAAGCGUUUGUUAAAAAACUAUAUACUUCACACAGACACACAUAACAGAAUUGUUGAAGAAACAGAUAUGUGGAGGCAACAUGCAAAGAUGAAAGAAACGGACAAGAAAGAAUACAUGUAUAAACCGAAAACUGGAGAAUCUUUUCUAGAAGAUAAACGAGAUGAUAUGAAUGAUUGUAGAUAUAAUAUGAAGAGUAGAUCAGCUCACAUGGAUGAAAGUAAAGAUACCAGCACCUAUUGGGUGAGACAGCUACAGAAAACAGAAGAGGCAGAUUCAGAUAGAUGGGGUCAUAGUGGUUACAAAGAAUUAUAUCCUAAAGAUUUUGAUAGUAGCAGAUCAAACGAUGAAUCUUCCUCUAGUUCUACCACAUCAACUAGUUCUAAAGAACGACGGAAAAGGAGAAAAAAAAUGAAAAGAAAAAAAGAGAAAAAGAAAAGAGAAAUUUUGGAGGAAGAAAAAGCCAAGAAAAAGAAAUCAAAGCAUAAAAAACACAAACAUGAAAGUAGUGACAAAAGUAAGAAACAUAGGAAAAAGAAAAGUGAUAAAAAAAAAUCAGCCAAACGAAAACCUGAGAGUGACAGCUCAGAAAGUCAGGACAACAGUUCCAGAAAACAUGCAAAGACAUUUAUAAAAGGCAGACAGGAAAAUGAGGAAAGGCGUCAUAAUAAAAAAUCUAAACAUAAGCAUAAGACCAAGAGACAAGAUUAUUCUGAUAGUGGGUGAUUAAUAUACACCAUUCGCACUUAAACAUAGUAAUCUCAGGACUGAAUGGAUGUUGAGAGAGCAUGAUCAUGUGCAAUUGUAGUCAAUGAAUUUUUUUUUUAGAAAUUAAAAUUAUUUUAUGUACUCUGUUAA